CGGCGCUGAGGGCCGCAGCGCGGGGUCACCAUGGCGGAGCUGCAGCAGCUCCGUGUGCAAGAGGCAGUUGACACCAUGGUGAAGAGUCUGGAGAGAGAGAACAUCCGGAAGAUGCAGGGCAUCAUGUUCCGGUGUAGUGCCAACUGUUGUGAGGACAGCCAGGCAUCCAUGCAACAAGUGCACCAGUGCAUUGAACGCUGCCAUGCACCGCUGGCUCAAGCACAGGCCCUUGUGACCAGUGAGUUGGAGAGGUUCCAGGACCGCCUAGCCCGUUGUACCAUGCAUUGCAACGACAAAGCCAAAGACUCAAUGGAUGCAGGGAGUAAGGAGCUACAGGUGAAGCAGCAGCUGGAGAGCUGUGUGACCAAAUGUGUGGACGACCACAUGCAUCUCAUCCCAUCCAUGACCAAGAAGAUGAAAGAGUCUCUCUCAUCCAUUGCAAAAUAAAAGUCUUCAUCAGUGGUCAUUGGGGAUAAGGGCAGGAAUCUA